CUUCACCAAAGCAGGGGAGGCACCGUGGCGGGAAUGAGGAAGGCGACAUCCACGUCGCUGCCGCCGCGCCCCAACCGUCCCAGCCGGGCGACCUCGCUGUUGUGCUUCGUCCGCCCUCCGAGAGCGCCGUUCCAUGCAGGCCUGGCGAGGAGCGGCGACAGCGAUAGCCUGGUCAAGCCCGGCAAGGCCGUCAGGAGCGACGCCCUGCCGCCCAGGCAGCCCGCCGCCAAGAGGGGCAAGUGGCGGAGGGCGGCUGUGUCGGUCCCACCGCCCAUCCAGACGCCUACUGCUAGGUCAGUCAGUCAGACAUUGUGGAAUGGCCGAGGAACACUCGUGUGAAGCGAGAUUGCUGUACCAUAUGCUCUCUGUGUGUUGUUUGUUACGAUGGUUCCUUUUGUGGUCAGGUGUGUGCCGUGGGUGCCCCUGACCCGUCCGAAGCGGGCGUUGGGGAGCAGCAGCAACAGCACCGCUCGCCGCCGGCCUCGCGCGCGGUCUCGUGAGCCGCAUCGGCCUCGCGAGACCCAUCAGAGCCUCAAGCGGACGACCAGUCGAUUCCGGUCCCUAUCGCUGACUCUGAGGAGCUACUUCAACCCCUCGGGCAAGUCCACUCAUGCCGUGUCAUCCACCUCAACCACUACUGCUGGGACGCCAUCGCCAGGUGCGCAAGGAAGAAGCCACGAUCGAUCGACGCGGAGGCACAGCUAAUGUCGUGUGUGUUGUGUGGUGUUGUGUGGUGUUGUUUCAGAUUGCAGCAGUCGGUGUUCGUUCCUGAGUGGUGCUGGCGAUCUGACGGUUCGCCCCCCCAAGCUGCUGCUGCCCAUCCCCAUCAAGCGCACCAUCACCGACGGCCCCCGCGGCCCCUCCCUCCCCCCAUGCUCCCUGCAGCAGAUCACCCUCCCAUCCGUCCCCCCAUGUAUCGGCCUCACACCCACCCACUCAUUCGCCUGCGGCUUCUCGAGUGACCCGCGAGUGUUGUGGGAGCACCCCCAGCCCAUCCCCCUCCCACCCACACCCGCCAUCCACCGGCUCCGCGGCGGCCGCGGCCGACAUAAGGCGGUCGACCUGGUCUUCUUUCAGAGGAAGAGGGAGCGGUCCACUGACAGGGCGCCCAGCACCCAAGGGGGCGGCCCACCGCCAGCCAGCGCCAGCGGGGCCGGGGGCGGUGUUGGCGUGUCGGGUUCGAUUGGCGGCGGCGGCGGCGGUGGUGGUGGUUGUGGCGGUGUUAGUUGUGUGAAGCCGCCGCAGCCGCCGCAGAAGAGCGAGGGUGAGUUGGUGGUGCGCCGGCGGAGGGGCCGGUACGACAUGGGCAGGCGAAGUAUUUCUGUCGACCGGGGCGGCCGCAUCGUCGCGGGCAGGCAAGUGCCGCUGGACCACAUCACGCUGGCGCAGAUGGCCGGGACCAGGGAGUGACGAGAAGAACACAGCACAGCACAGUGGCACGGCACACAGAGAGACGCGCAAGCCAGAGAGAGAGAGAUAGGGAGGGAGGGAGGGAGGGGCUGUGUAUGCCUGAUAUGGGUGGUGGGUGCGUGGGUGUGUGUUAUUAUCAUUGGGAGGGGUCUGUGCUGCGCUGUCAAGACACAGAACGAAAUCGGGCUGGUGUUGAAUUGCUUUCUCUAUUUCCAUCGACUGAUCGACCGAUUUGCCCUGCCUGGCUGUCGGGCUUUCCUAUCAUGCCACCCUGUCAUGCCCUCCUCUUAUUGUGCUGGCUACUCAACGAUGGUAGCGGCACGCCUCACCUGUCUGUCUCUCUGUCUGCCUGUCUGCUGGCUGUCUGUCUGUCUGUCUGUUUGGCUGUCUGUUUGGCUGUCUGGCCCCCUGCCUGUGAAGUUAGAGAGUGUCUGUUUGUCGCCAUUCCUUUCUUGGGUGAUUCCUAUGAGUGAGUGAGUGUGUAUGUCGUGGUGCGAUUUCGUCUCGUGCACCUUGAGGGCAAGGCAGAGCGGAGCGGGGUAGGCGGUUGGGCGAGUGAUGGAUGGAGGGAGGGAGGGAGGGAAGGCCAAGCCAGCCCCGGCAAUGCACGAGGGGCGAGCGGCCCCCUCCGCUCCUUAUUUAAAUGAUGACGACUGAUGAGUGAUGACCAUGGAUGGAUCGAUGCAUCGAUGGAUGGACCACACCCUUUUGCUGACCGGCAAGCACACUCACACACAUCACAUUCACCCACGCGACGCCCCUCCGCCCGCUUGCUGCUGCGCCUUUCUCUUUCGCUUUCUUCCACACACAACACACACACGCGCACGUGGGUGGGGGGGCGACCGAGUGAGCGUAUGAUUGUACGUGUAUAGGGAUGGGAUUCUCUCUGGCUUGAUGGAUUGAUGGAUUGAUGGAUGGAUGGAUGGAUGCUGCGCUGUGUCGCGUUUUGGCAGCUUUGAGGGCGGGGAAAGGAGAGGCCAGGGGCCUGAAUCGAUGCGCGCAGGGGGGAGACACGAGAGACGCGGGACGACCGGGGGGAACGGGCAUCCACGUGAGAGAGAAGAGAUUUGGAGGGAAGGAGGGAGGGGGAAAGGUUCGGAGGGGGGAGGGGCCGCCCACCCACACCCACAUUGCAUGCAUGCAUUGCAGUCAUUGUGGUGUCCAUCACCAGCUGCCCCGACGCCACCAGCACACAUCACACGUCACCGUCACACACACACGCACACACCCACACAUGACAUGGCACACACACUUAUCUCGCUUUGAUGAACGGUUCACCAUCACUUGUACAUGUGUCUCGCCUCACCUCCCUGUGUGUAUACCUAUACGUGACCAGCAGCCAGCCGGUUGGUCCCCGCUCCCCUCCCCCUCCCUCCUCUUUCCCCCCUCCCGGGCUGUCAUGUGCUCGUCGUGCUUGGCUUGUAGGGCACUCCUCACUCUCUCCUUCUGUGGACUACGCUAUACUGGACUGCUGUAUCCUCAUGUGUACAUGUGUGUGUCAGGAGACUUGCGAAGACUGUGGAUACGGACGAACGAAGACAGGCCCACUUCGGUUUUUGGUUAUCGAUCGCGGUACAUACCAUACUCUUCUCUCUCUGUGUGUCUGUGCAUGUGCAUGUGUGUGUGUAUCUGUGUUCCCGUGUGCGUGAAUAUCGUCCCCUGCCCUCCCUCCUUGCCUUGCCUUGCCCAUGCCCCACUCACUGACCCCUAUCUGCAUGCGUCAUGCGUACCUACAUCAAUACACGUGUGUGCGUGAGUGUGUGUGGGCGGGCGGCCGGGGGGCCGGCGCAGCCUAUAUGUGCUGCCUGACUGCUUGCCUGCUUGCCUGUCUUGUCUGCCUGCGUAACGGCUGCCUUCUGCGUGUCUGUCCGUCUGUCCAUUUUGUGUGGACAGACAGACCGACAAAGCCUCACACAGCAGAGAAGUUUGGUCAGCGCUGGUGGAAGAAAGGAAGGGAAAGAGAGAGGGAGGGGUACAUAUGGAUUUCGAGACAGAUCGACAGAUCGACAGCCAGCCAGCCAGCCAUACAGACAGCCAGACAGCCAAGUUUUGCCUACGUGUAUAUAUGCCCACAGCAUCAUGAUGUAUGUGUGUGUUGUGUGUUGUGUGAUUGUACGCGAUGCCUGCCUGCCUGCCUGCCUGGAUACCUACCUGCAUAUUGACAGACAUCACACAACAGAUAGAUCGGCCUAGUUUGACCUGCUGGAGCAGAGAGAGAAGAAAGACAGAGAGACAAGUUGACAGACAGACAGACAGCUGAGGCAUUCGUCGUGUAUGUGUGUGCAUGUGUGUGUGCAUGUGUGUGCGCGCGUGGUGACAGUCUUAGUUUGUUUCAUUCCUUUCAUUGACUGAGUGAUUGAUUGAUUCCUUCGUUCGUUCGUACAGCUGACUCCACCCACCUGACUCCAUGGACUGACUGACUGAGUGACUGACUGGUUGACUGAGUGAGUGACUGAUUGGAUUGCUUGACUGGCUAGUUUGGGGCACGAUGGGGGCUGGAUGCUGCGGAAUGGGAUGGAAUAGGAUGCUUGAUUGGUGGCUGGUUGAUGCAGGCAGGAGUGCCCGCCAUGCACACGCAGGCACAGCACACACAGCACAUAGACAGACAUUGGUGUUGGACUCAUUGUGUAACGGCGCAUCGAUGGACACUGGGUCGUGUGAGAGCCUGUGCGUUGGGUUGGAAGCUUCGUCGGUUUAGCUGCCACUGUAGCUAGCUGGAUGGAUGAUGGAUGAUGGUGCUGGUGGUGGUGGUGCUGCUGGUGGUGGUGCUGGCCGGUGGCUGUGGGCGGCGGGGCGGGGGAGGACACGGACGUGGUCAUGGUCGAUCGGGCGUGCGGCUCAUGCAUUCGAUCACGUGUACACUCACUCGCUGAACGACCUCAAUCCAAUCGAUGCCUGGCUGUCUGUCUGCCUGCCAUCUGGAUCGCUCGGCAUUCAUGUGAUGAUUCAUUCCCCUAGCUACGCAGUCGCUUG